CUGAGCGAGGAAAUUGGAUACGUGCUGUACUCGGCCUUGGGCUCGUUCUACAUCCCCUCGUGCAUAAUGGUGUUCGUGUACAUAAGGAUAUACUAUGCGGCGAAGGCGCGGGCUCGGAGGGGCAUCAGGAAGCCGCCGAGGAGGCAGCCCCAGGAGGCGGUCACCAGCUUCACGACUUCGGCGGCGACGGGGGCGAUGACCACCACCAGAUCGGACAACGGGAAGGGUGGAUCCGGGGAUGGGACUGGAUCGGGGGGCGGUGGAGGCGGGCCGCCCCUCGACAGGAACAGCAACUCUUCACCGAGAGAUGGCGAGAGGCAGAUCGCGACCAUCGAGUCCCAUCCCCGGCCGCCCGUCAUACCGACGGUCACGUGCGAUCUGGCCUCGGACAUCUCGACGAGCGACGCCGGGGACGUCAUGCUGCCGGACGUAUCAGAGGAUAAAGACACCCUCAAGGUGUUCGGGGGUGUCGGAGUUACGGCUCAGGUGGGUCGAAACCCUCUGGCCCAGUGCCCUUUCCGAGGGUCAACACUGUCCGUGAACGGGGAACUUCAGCAGCAAGCAGCAGCACUCGCGAGAGCCAGACAACCGUCAACCAUCGAUACGGACAUGGUGAGCGAGUUCGAUCCGAGCAGCUCGGAUUCCGGCGUCGUGUCUCGGUGCACCGUGGUGAAGCCUCUGAAGUUGCGUCUGUGCAAACCGAUCUUCGGGAAGCGAACUGCAAACAAGGGUAGAAGAUCAGAUGAUAGGAAGGGUAAAGAUGGUGCGGGAGGAGGCGGCGGUGGUGAACCUAUGGUCGAGCAAGUCGUGCCGCGAGUGCAGAAGCCGAGGGAUCCGGAGCGCGAGAAGAGACGCAUCGCGAGGAAGAAGGAGAAACGAGCUACACUCAUCUUAGGGUUGAUCAUGGGUAGCUUCAUCGCCUGCUGGCUGCCCUUCUUCUUCAUGUACAUCCUGCGACUGGUCUACGAUAUCCCUGGAAUAGCCUUCUCCACCGCCUUCUGGUUGGGAUACAUGAACAGCGCUCUGAAUCCCGUCAUCUACACCAUCUUCAACAAGGACUUCCGACGUGCGUUCCGAAGGAUUCUGUUCAAGUGAUGUUUAGCCUACGUGUGCUGCUACGAGUGCGUCAGCCGCAGGAUUCGGACGGCGCAGUACCGCAGCGCACCCAGUGCUUUGUACAGACACUAAAAAAUUAUCCAACCCCCAAACAAAAAACAACCCUACA